CAGCAAGGCAGGAGGAACCAGGUGGACGUGUUGUUCUCUUGUAGUGGAAGAAACAUUUUAACAUUUUUUGUAAUACUGGUAACUAACUCGUUUAUUCAAUACUUGUUUUGUCUAGAUGUUAUUACAUUACUAUUUAAGGGUAGAUCGUUACUUGGAAGCGAAGGUGUAAAACGUCCGAGUUAGUUGGCUAAUGUUAGCAACAACGAGCUAGCUCGAGCCUCGUAGCUAACGUUAGCAGUCUAACGUUCGCUAACAACCAGGCCCACAGAGUUUGGCCAGGCCAAGAAGUAUAACGUUAGUUGCUAGCAUCGAGGCAUUGUAACCAGAUUCUAUAUAUAGCUGAUAGCAGAUUCUAUAUGUAUUCUACCUAACGUUAGUUAAUUAAAAUUACCACCCAGUUAAACUAACUAAUGACCAAACGGUGGCGGAGUGUAACGUUAACUAAGGUUAGCCAUUUGUAAUAACGUAGCUAAAAUAGCAAGUUACUGUUUUGUUUUAUAUUGUUUAGCUAGCUACUGUAGCUAGUUAACGUUAGCAAGGUAACUUGGCGUUGGAGUUUAUUUUUUUACCUUUAUUUUAUCAAGGAGUUUUAUGUCAGGGAGCCAUCAGUGUGAAUAACAAAUUACAGAAUAGACACGUCAAAAUAAAAGCAGAACGAUUUGUUUCUAGGUAACUUAGCUAACUUAGUUGGUCAGAACGUUAUCUUAGCUAACUAGUUAUUUUGUAUUUUGAUGUGGGGCUAGGUAGUUAUAAACGCGUGAAGCGUAAUUUGAAACGUUAUUUAGCUAUAGCAUUCAUAUUGUGACGUGAACAUGAGUAGCUAGCUAAAUGUUGCAAUGAAUUUUGUGUUUUCAGUAACUACCACGUAUGAAGAUGAAAAUCGCAUUCGCCCAGUAAUUCUGGUAAUUCGUCUUGCCAAUAUGUUUCGUGUUUUAUAAUUUUACGUUUUCAAAACUUGUGUUAUUUGGCUGUUUAACUACAUUAUUCGAAAUGUCUGUCCUUGAUUGUACGAUAACAGUGCGGUAUGUUACUCCUCGAAAUUGCAAACCAACAUCGAGGCCCUCCAAGUUAACAAGAUGUUGUGGGGUGCCUCUGGACAGAUGUGUCAAAUUUUACACACAAUAUACAGUUUGACAUUUUAUUAUUCCAAAUUCAAUACAUGAAAUUGAAGCAAUGGGUUGAUAUCCAAACUUAAUCACGCAGUAUGAGCUGAUUGAGCUCCCAAUAAUGGAUUACACAAUACUCAGUCUGUUAUAGUCAAAUUCUUAUAGUCAAAUUCAGUUUGACCUAUGCUCCAUCACAAUGUUUCCCAACUCUAGUCCUUUAGUAUCCCCAACAGUACAUAUUUUUGUUGUGGCCCUGGACAAACACCUGAUAGUACUUGUCAACUAAUCAUCCAGCCCUUGAUAAAUUGAAACAGGUGUUUUUGUAAGGGGCUACAACAAAAAUGUGUGCUGUAGGGGAUACCCCAGGACCAGAGUGGGGAAACACUGCUCUAUCACAUGCUAUUGUGGAUGGUGUUGGCACAUCCUUGUCAUGUUCUACAUUUUCUCUCUUGAUGUUAACUACACUUUGGUGAGAAAGUGCAGUUCCGAUACUUUACUAUGUUUGUGUGCAAGUCUCUGUCCUGUACUCUAACCAAUUUCUAUUCAGUUUUCCAGGGGAGUGUUUUUGUUUUAUUUAAAUCUAGGUUAAGAAGCAGCUUCUUGUCCAUUCCUGAAGAUCUUUGGAUGGGGGAUAGAGUUCAUUAUAAAGAAAGUAGAUUCCCAGAAGAUUUUAUGUGAAAUUCCCACCACCUUUUUUCCACUCCAAAAUUUUUGCCUGCUGGAAUCCCUAGAAGCCCCACCCUUACUUAUAUUUUUCUACAGCAUCCUUUAUGCCAUCAAGUUUAAGAAGAAGUUGAAGAUUUUUCUGCCCCCCUCUCCUCUUCACCCCAUUUUUUUAUCUUUCAAAACCUCUCGUUUUUUUCUCUGGCAGUCUUUUUGGAUGAUUUGCUUCUAUCUCACAUUAUUUCCCCCCAUUAAAAAAAAAUAAUAAAAAAAACAAGGACGUUCUUGCACCAUCCAUCUGUAAUGCUUAGCAGUCUGGCUGGAAGGAGUCAGAAGGGAGGUCAUAGGACGACAAGUGUCUCUGGACCUUCCCUUUUUCCUCUUAUCUCACGGAUCAAGUGUUCCUUCAGGACCAUUGUUGCCAAGGAGACACCCUAUCAGAAGUGCGUGAGGAAGGGAGGAAUCUUCUUAGCCUCUACAGGUGAGUUUAGCCACACAACCCUUUGAAGCAGAGUUUAGGUUCUCUGCAACUUCUACUCUGGGUCAUAUUCCUGACGUGGACAUACAUGUAACUGCCAAAAUAAAGGAAACUUGAGUAAAUGAGUGAUACAAAAUAUAUUGAAAGCAGCUGCUUCCACACAGGUGUGGUUCCUGAAUUAAUUAAGCGAUUAACAUACCAUGUUGGGCAAGUUAUCCAUUAUUUUGGCUACCAUGGCUAGAAGAAAGGAGCUGUGACUUUGAAAGGGGGGGUGAGCAUAAGGGGUUUUAAGGGUGUAUGUGUCUUAGUCACCAGAUCUCAACCCAAUUGAACACUUAUGUGAGAUUCUGGAGCGGCGUUUGAGACAGCGUUUUCUACCACCAUUAGUGCUGAGUAAUGAGUGAUUUGUGAGAUCAGUUCAGUCAUGUAAAAAAUUAUCCCAGAAUUCGGUUUUGAUAUUUAAAAAAAGUAGACAUUAAAUGCAUUAUGUGGGUUGAAUGCUGUAACAACACUGAAUAAAACAAUACAAGUCCCAUGAUGGUAGUGAUUUAUUCUCAUUACUUUAGUAAAAUAUUUGUUUUAUUUAUUGACUUUAUUAUUUCAUUCCUAGUCAUUAUCUCAGCUGCUGACUGUGCUGUUCUUCGAAGUAAAUAAGGGUUUAUGACUGCUGAAUAACAACUAUCAAUCACUUAGAUAAUGUAUUUUCAGGCUCGCAAAGCAACUGCUUUCUGUCCCUCUCAAUCGUGCAUUUUCUCUUCUCAGUCUCCGUGUGUGCUCUGCACAGACCGGACAAGUUUAAGCAGGCACGCAAUGGAUUAUGUUCAUUGUAGUUAAUUACCACAUUUUCUCCACUAAACUAUGUAGAAUAUUGGCCUACUGGAAAAUACAACUCCCUUCUACAUCGCACAGUUCAGGCUUCAUCUGAUUUGACUUGACAGAAACUGCACAUCAAGCUCACAUGAGAAGAAAAAACUUAUCGAAAUGGAAUUCAAAUAAUUGAACCGACGCCAGUCAAUUUGUGGUUUAAAGAUAAAAAAAACACGUUUUUGGUUAAUCGCUCAGCACUAACCACCAUUAACAAAACACCAAAUGAUGGAAUUUCUUGUGGAAGAGUGGUGUCACAUCCCUCCAAUAGAGUUCCAGACACUUGUAGAAUCCAUGCCAAGUCGCAUUGAAGCUGUUCUGGCGGCUCGUGGUGGCCCAACACCCUAUUAAUUAAUACACACUAUGUUGGUGUUUCCUUUAUUUAGUCAGUUACCUGUAUGUCAUCAUAGACCACAAAGAAAUUCUUUAGAAUUCGACUCUGUAGAGUUCUGUUGCCACCACAGUGAAGCAAUGAAAUCCACUAAUGGCAGAGAAAUGACCAUGGAUUCUGAUUCACUGUUGCCAGCCCAGGGAGAGUCCUGUUGGCCCUGAAGAGAACACCCCUGACCCGGACGUGAAUCCAGUCCACCAUCCUGAACAUGACUAACCAUGGAGAUGACUGCUAUUUCUUCUACUACUCCAACUGCGCUAAGGUAGGGGUCAUAACAAAGAGAAACUAGCAUUGUAGCAUUUUCUGUGUUGCUGCGUUUUGGGGGUGUAAAUGCAGCUCUCAGAGUUGUAAGUAUUGACAUGGUUGUGUUUGUCUCCUGGUGCAGGGUGACAGUUGCCCCUUCAGACACUGUGAAGCUGCAAUGGGCAGUGAGGUCGUUUGCAGCCUGUGGCAGGAGAGUCGCUGUUUCAGACAGGUCUGCAAGUUCCGCCACAUGGAGAUCAAGGUAAGGAUAGUGCUCUCUCUCUUUUAGUAGACCAUCUUUGCUCAUUAUUGCCUCCGUUUUUUCACACAAACCAAAAAGUAUUUCAGGAAUAUCCCCUUAAAGCUUUGCCUACUCAAGGCUGUGUGUGUCUCAAGUGGCCGUUACGGAGGGGUAGAGAAAUACCCUCUCUUAACCUGGGUCAGGGGUUGUGCCUCUGGACCUGUCGGGAGGGACAUUUCAAUCUUUUUUUGGUCUCCUCGCAGUAACACCAUAUUCUCUAGUUUUACACCUGGCCAUUUUGAGGCAAUCUGUCAUAGCUUUAAAGGGCUGAAUUUCCCUCUUUUUUUCUUCUAAAGUGAGCUUUCACAAAGAAUCAUAUGUUGCAAGACAUUAUGCUACAUGUUCUGACCUGCCCUCUCUCUACCUCUUCCCCUCUUACAGAAAAACAGGAAGGAGAUAGCUUGUUACUGGGAGAACCAGCCUGCUGGCUGCCAGAAGCCUCACUGUGCCUUCCACCACGAGAAACCACGCUUUAUAGACGGUCAAUACGUACCACCCAACAAAAGUUAGUAGUCACUCUGAACAGGCCGAUCCUGACCAAGCCACUGUUAGCUUACUGAUCUUUAUCUCCUUAGCAUCGCAUGGCUCUUAAACACAUUAUUGACAUGAUUUUCACUUUACAUGAUAGUGUAUCAGCAGAUAAAUGAUUGAGGUGAAUAACAUUUGGGCUCACUUAUGAACCUAUUCUUCACCAGAACCAGAGUUUAUCCAUAGUUUCUGAGCUUGAUUGUCUUGUCACUCAGGUUCGGCCCUGAAAGAAGAGGAGGAGUCUCAUGAGGAUUCUUUGCCUCCUGUCCCCAUCCCCAGCCCAGCCAAUCCCCAGCUCCGUGGGGUCAUCAAGGCAGAGACUCAGGAGAACGUUCCCAGCCCCACUCACCCGCCUGUGGUUAUCAACCCGGCAGAUGACGAAGAUGAGGAUGAAGAUGGUGAGAAACACGUCAUGUCAAGUUUAUUUAAAGUGCAAUUUACAAAGGUCACAACACACUUUACAUCACUAAAAAGGAAGAGCAAACAAUGUAGAAAGAAAAACAAUAUAAACAAUAAAAAGCAAUAUAAAAUUUGAACAGCAUGUAGUCCGUAGGGCAUGGAGGAGCUCGGCAAUGGAAAGAUGCACAGUGGAAAGAUAGACAGAGCAUAAACAUAAAAGAGCUCUUAAGGGGCAGAGACAGUGGAGCAGACCUUCAAGGUGAUUAAAAUGCUAGGUGAAAAUUAUAUUAAAUAGGGGAAAUGGUAUUGAUAUUGUUGGGUACAGUACAGUAGUUUGUUCACAGAAUAAUUUGGGAAAUACCGUUUGACUAAGGGGGGGUUCAUGUGUGUGUGCAGAUCAGUUGUCAGAAGGAGAGGACAGCAGGUCCGGCUCAGACGGCUCCAGAGUGGUCUCUCCCAGGAAGAUGGCCGUGGGCUCUAGCUCAGGUAAGAAGAGGACAAAGAAACAACACAUAAAAUAGAUAUCAACAUCUUAAACAAUGCCUGUUUUAACGCAGAUUUAGUUUGAAACACUACAAGGGUAGACUCAAACUUGAGGUGACGGCUUCGCUUUUCAGUGCCUCAUUGACAAAACAGUGUUGUAUUUGAAAGGCUUUAGAUUAGAACAAUCCCCUUAAAGACAUCCUCCAGCUAUUUUUAAAUGUUUACUGUUGAAAAGUGAUAUCCCAAGAAUAAAUUCAGUAAAAUACACAUACUAAAGAGUAAUACAAAAUAGGUUUUGAGCAAAGUAGUAUUUUUUUGGGACAAAACUGUAAACUUCAAGGAGUAGCCGGCCGUGACCGGGAGACCCAUGGGGCGGCGCACAAUUGGCCCAGUGUCGUCCAGGGUAGGGGAGGGAAUGGCAGGCAGGGAUGUUGGUAGAGCAUGGCGUUGCAAGGGUUGUGGGUUCGAUUCCCGCGGGGGGCCAGUAUGAAAUGGAAAAAAAAAUUAUGCACUCACUAACUGUAAGUCGCUCUGGAUAAGAGCGUCUGCUAAAAUGUAAAAUGUAAAAAAAAAAAAGAAAUGAGUAGGGCAUUCAAGGAGAAUGGACUGAUGAAUCAGGUAUGUCAUCGGCCUACCCCCUUGCUUAAGGAGCAAGAGAGAACAAAAGAGGAAAAGCCCACCCCACCACUUGUUCUAUGUCGGGGCGGCAGGUAGCUUAGUGGUUAAGAGCGUAGUGCCAGUAACCGAAAGGUCGCUGGUUCUAAUCCCAGAGCCGACUAGGUGAAAUAUCUGUCGAUGUGCCCUUGAGUAAGGCACUUAACCCUAAUUGCUCCUGUAAGUCGCUCUGGAUAGGAGUGUCUGCUAAAUGACUAAAAUGUAAAUGUCAUGACAUACAGUGCCUUCAGAAAGUAUUCAUACUCCUUGACUUAUUCCACAUUUUGUUGUUACAGCCUGAAUUCAAAAUUGAUUAAAUUAAUUUUUUUCUCACCCAUCCACACAAAAUAACCAAUUUUUGCAAAUAUAUUGAAAAUAAAAUACAGAAAUAUCUAAUUUACAUAAUUAUUCACACCCCUGAGUCAAUACUUUGUAGAAGCACCUUUGGCAGCAAUAAGAGUUGAGUCUUUCUGGGCAAGUCUCUUAAGAGAUUUCCACACCUGGAUUGUGCAACAUUUGCCCAUUAUUCUUUACAAAAUUAUUCAAGCUCUGUCAAAUUAGUUAUUGAUUAUUGCUAGACAACAAGUUUCACGUCUUGCCAUAGAUUUUCAAGUAGAUUUAAGUCUAAACUGUAACUUGGUCAGUCAGGAACAUUCACUGACUUAUUGGUAAGAAACUCCAGUGUAGAUUUGGCUUUGUGUUUUAGUUUAUUGUCCUGCUGAAAGGUGAAUGAAUCUCCCAGUGUCUGGUAAAAGGCGGACUGAACCAGGUUUUCCUCUAGGAUUUUGCCUGUGCUUAGCUCCAUUCCGUUUCUUUUUAUCCUGAAAAACUCCCCAAUCCUUAAUGAUUACAACCAUACCCAUAACGUGAAGCAGCCAACACUAUGCUUGAAAAUAUGGAGAGUGGUACUCAGUAAAGUUUUGUAUUGCAUUUGCCCCAAACAUAACACUUUGUACACAGGAAAAAACGAACUACCUUAGCCCAGACCUACAGUGAAAAGUAGCAGAGAGACGCUGCUGGCAGUGGGAUUUUAUUUUAAUGGGCUCUGGCUAUUAGCCAGGUAGCUAGCUAUAACUAGCUGGUCAGAAGGAUGAAGUUAGAAGCUAAUGUUGAAUGGAGCCUGACCUCAGCAGGAGCAUUUGACUGAAAUUAAGCUAGCUAUAAUCAAAAGAUGGGCUACUAGAAGUUCUCAUAACAAAAUACAUUUUUAUAGACUAGUUAGAGACAGUGGUGAGUGAGGCUGCAAUGAAUGAGGCAAAGGAGAUCCACAGAGAGAGAAGGCAUUAAAGCAAGCAGGGAGAGAGGUUAGUAGUACAGGGGAUCCCAAACCUGCGGUCCGGGACCCAUUUGGUGUCCACCAAAAUGUAAAUAGGGUCCCCUGAGAGAAUCAUUAAUCUUAUCAAACACAUUAACUUGUUUCUCUUCAAAUGGGUAUGGAAUACAUUUUAGAAUCAACUAAGGGCCUUUUACGCUGUCAGAAUUCACUUUCAUGUCAUGUGUUGGGACAGCCUGUGGGACCUAAGAUUUAGUGAAAUAUAAAGACAAUUUAAAUAUAAAGACAAUUUAAUAUUAUUAUAUACACUGAACAAAAAUAUAAACAAAACAUGCAACAAUUUCAAAGAUGUUACAGUUCAUAUAAGGAAAUCAGUCAAAAUCAUCAGUACUGACUUGCCACUUAUGUAGUGAAUAAGUAGUGAAACACGUAUUAUUGAGUAGAACUUGUAAGGUAGUAAUGAAUAGUACGUUUUAUUUUUAUUUUCAUGCGGUUGUGGCGAUAUACUGCCAUCUGGUGGCGGCUAGAAACAAUUGCAUAAUAGGAUCUAUUGCAAAUUGUUGGUCCUUAAAUAAGUAUUAGUGCUUGAAAGUCCUUGAAUUUGAUUUGCCACUGUCUGUACGAACCCUGGUCACAACGCUGCAUCCUGCGCUGGUGCCAGUUCUACAUUAUGUGACUUUUUCUCUGCAACAGCUUCCAGGGCUUUUUUGCCAAUAGCCUCAUAUUCCGCUUUAUCAACUGUGCUCCUGCCGUUCCGGUUGCCGUUCACGUGCCGUUUUUCAUACACAGCCCACCCGCGCUUCUCCCGACCGGCGACACUAAAGCUGCCAGUCGGAAGCAAGAUGCUUUUUCGUCGCUAUUAAGUAGUAUCUUACCAAAUGCCCAAUAAAAACAGUCAUUAAGCUGGAAUUGUGUAGAAAUGCAAAUAGGAAAUGUGUGUUCACCAGUAGGCAUGUCCCAAUUCUCUGCUCAUCACUACUCAAAUUACAAAAUCAUCAGUACUAACACAUGUAUGUAGUAAAACAAUGUAUUAUUGAGUAGUACUUGCAAGGUAGUGAUGAACACUGUUUGUUUUUUCAAGAGGUUGUGGCUAAAUACUGCCAUCUGGUGGCGACUAGAAACAAUUGCAUAAUAUGAACUAUUACAAAUUGAUGGUCCUUGGAGGAAAAAAUAUUAGUGCUUGAAAAAGUACUUGAAUGUCCUUGAAUUUGACCUGCUGCUGUAAGACAACAAAAAUGUGGGUUAAGUCAAGGUGUGGAUACUUUCUGAAGGCACUGUGCCUGGACCACUUAUUGAGAUGUGCCUUUUGUUAAGAAAAUCAGGCGUUAAAUGAGGUGAAAAGGAGAGUGACCCCAUUUUCUUUGAGCUGCCCCCAUGGCUCUCUGUGAUUGGCUAACAGUGUUUCUUUGGCACAGAUGAUUCCCUGGACUUUGGUGUCAGAACCUUGGAGGAGAUCAGACUGAGGAAAGCCCUGAAAGCCAGUAUGAGGAGAGCUGGUGAGUUCAUCCUUCCUCUUACCUCCCAAAUACAUUGACGAUUGCCUUUUGUGUGAUUAUGCUGUAAAUUAUGAGGCGUGAGUUUAUCAACUGUACUUUGUCAGGUUAUCCAGUUCCUAGCCAGGGCUCAGACCAGCGGAACAAUGGUGCCAGCGGAGAGAAGGAGAACAUGAGAUCCUUCAUCCGUCCAUCUCUCGUCACAGCCAAGGAUGGUAAGAAUCAUUGAACACCUGAUCUAACUGAGCCUUGCGUAUAGAUUAACACAAAAUCCCAGAUUGAAUAUUGUUGAAGUGAAUCGCACAUGUACAUAUGAACACACACUUGCUACAUGUCAUGUCAUUUGUAACAUAUGCUUGCUGUCCCCUCAGACACUGUGGUCUUUGGUGAAAAGACCGGGAGACGCAAUGUCGCGGACAGGCUUGGGAAGAGAGUAGUCAAAGGUACAAUGUUUUCUAUUAUCUUUUUUAUCUAUAAAAUGUAAGGAAGUCACUGCCAGUCAAUGGUAGCCUCGAGAUUAGUGUUGGGCCAGUAACCGAAAUGUUGCUUGUUCGAAUCCCGUAGCCGACAAGGUGAAAAAUCUGUUGCUGUGCCCCUGUGCAAGGCAUUUAACCUCAAUUGAUCCUGGCUGUGACCCCAUUCCCUGCGGGUGUCUCGUGGGGGAGUUGCGAUAUGCAAAAAAACACAUUUCCCUUACAUAUUUGCUGAAGUCAGUAAGAGGACAAAUAUAAGCACCCCCAAAUAAUAAUAAAAAUAAUUGUUACACAGGAAAAUGUACAGUGUUAAAUGAACUACAAAAUUACACUGGUCGUUAUUGGUGAUACCAUCGGUCACCAACACUCUAAGCUACCAUGACCUCUGACCUUUUAGAAGUUCCUGCCGGGGGUGACCUGCCAAUGAAACGCUGUCUGGCGGAGCGCCUCGGGAGGAAAAUGGACGAGGGUGAAAUGGACCUGCCCCCUCAGAAAGGUAUGGGAAGGGAAAUGACAACCAAAAAUCCCCCAUUGAUUGAAUUACCUCAGACUAUCAGGAAUACUAGUUCUUAAGAGACUAUCAUUGAAAUAGAAUGUUAGCCUUUGUUCAUGAUUGCAACAGAAAACAUUUAGACAUUUUUGGCAAUGGAAAACGAAAAUGAGCAUUUAUUGGGACAGGUAUUAAUGGUCCCUCCCGGUUAGUCUGUCUUCCGUGCCUAAUCAAAAUGACCCGGGUUGUACUAAUUGAGUUAGAUUAAGAUGAACUGGGUUGAACCAGGCUAUAGCCCGUCACAUGACCGCGCGAAACCAGUGAGGGAGGCACGCCCUGCUCAAAUGGAAUGGUCAUCUGUGCCACUCGGUCAUAUUGUCAACAAUGCAUCGUUCAGAAACAACUCUUUCAUAUGAAAUAUGUUCGAAUUUUCAAACUAUACUGAACAAAAAUAUAAACGCAACAUGCAACAAUUUCAAAGAUAAUUUACACUACUGGUCAAAAGUUUUAGAACACCUACUCAUUCAAGGGUUUUUCUUUAUUUUUACAAUUUUCUACAUUGUAGAAAAAUAGUGAAGACAUCAAAACUAUGAAAUAACACAUGGAAUCAUGUAGUAACCAAAAAAGUGUUAAACAAAUCAAAAUAUAUUUAACAUUUGAGAUUCUUCAAAUAGCCACCCUUUGCCUUGAUGACAGCUUUGCACACUCUUGGCAUUCUCUCAACCAGCUUCACCUGGAAUGCUUUUCCAACAGUCUUUAAGGAGUUCCUACAUAUACUGAGCACUUGUUGGCUGCUUUUCCUUCACUCUGCGGUCCGACUCAUCCCAAACCAGCUCAAUUGGGUUGAGGUCGGGGGAUUGUGGAGGCCAGGUCAUCUGAUGCAGCACUCCAUCACGCUCCUUCUUGGUAAAAUAGCCCUUACACAGCCUGGAGGUGUGUUGGGUCAUUGUCCUGUUGAAAAACAAAUGAUAGUCCCAUUAAGCCCAAACCAGAUGUGAUGGCGUAUCACUGCAGAAUGCUGUGGUAUCCAUGCUGGUUAAGUGUGCCUUGAAUUCUAAAUAAAUCAUAGUGUCACCAGCAAAGCACCCCCACACCAUAACACGUCCUCCAUGCUUUACGGUGGGAAAAUACACAUGCAGAGAUCAUCCGUUCACCCACUCUGUGUCUCACAAAGACACAGCGGUUGGAACCAAAAAUCUCCAAUUUGGACACCAGACCAAAGGAUGUCCAUUGCUCGUGUUUCUUGGCCCAAGCAAGUCUCUUAUUCUUAUUGGUGUUCUUUAGUAGUGGUUUCUUUGCAGCAAUUUGACCAUGAAGGCCUGAUUCACACAGUCCCCUCUAAACAGUUGAUGUUGAGAUGUCUGUUACUUGAACUAUGUGAAGCAUUUAUUUGGGUUGCAAUUUCUGAGGCUGGUAACUCUAAUGAAGUUAUCCUCUGCAGCAGAGGUAACUCUGGGUCUUCCAUUCCUGUGGCGGUCCUCAUGAGAGCCAGUUUCAUCAUAGCGCUUGAUGGGUUUUGCGACUGCACUUGAAGAAACGUGUCUUAAAGUAAUGAUGGACUGUCAUUUAUCUUUGCUUAUUUGAGCUGUUCUUGCCAUAAUAUGGACUUGUUCUUUUACCAAAUAGGGCUAUUUUCUGUAUAUCGAUGCCACAUGGGCCAUUUUCAAAGGGAUUAGUUGUUUUUUUAGGGGCAGUCACUCUUUAACAUAGGUCACUUUUAGAGUGGCGCACCUGGGGUCUAUUCAUUACGCCAAUUCUGUUGCAAAACGUUUCUUAAAUGAAUGCAAACGAAACAGGGAGGGACCUACCUGAAUUUUUCCAAUAAACGUGUUUUACUGUUUGGACUAAUGAUUACACCCCUGGCUCACACCCGGGAGGCAGCCUGCUUCCAAAUCGAACGCAAUCAACACUAACCAGGUUCACCCGGGGCAUUAAUUGAAUCCCCUCAUUGGUUCAAUUCCCUGAUUAGUGGUUAAGCAGAAUCAGGUGUCUGUUCUGGAACAAAGGAAUCCACACUAGAUUCCCUCUAGGACCAUCUGUGCCACAGGAGAUGCAUAAUUGUUGUUGUUUGAUACUAAGAAGUAAAAGCAUUGUUUAAAGUAAUUGUCAUUGAUAAUUUGGAUUCAUUUUUUUUUUUUUUUUAACCUUAGCUCUGAAACCUGUCAGGGAUAGAUUGGGAUUACCUGUUGAACCCACCACUGCCUCUGAAUCAGGUAAAAUCAUUAACUCAAAAUUAUGUCCUGUAAAAAGAGCUUUGGGUGGAUUAUACAGUCUUCGUUAGAAACGGUUAUCUUAACAGUAUUUAACUAUUGUUUUUUAUAUAUAUAUGUUGAAUGAAAGGUAUUAUUGUCUGUCUUUUAAUCUCUAACUAAUCUCUCCGUCAGCUGAGCGCAACAGUGAGAGUACAGCACCUGAAGUAAUCCGCAUCAAAACCCUGGAGGAGAUCAGGCAGGAGAAGUUGGCCAAGUCCCAGGGACAAGCUCCGGGGGACAACCCUCUCCCUUCAACCCCUGAUACUACCAGUACCACCAAGGCCCCAAAGAGAGGCACCACUGGCAAACCUGCAGCCAGCCUCCACGUGAAGACAUUCUCUGAGAUCCUCCAUGCCAAGAGGAAGCUGGAGGAGGACCAGCAGCAAGGCCCCAGCCUCAGAAAGGCCAAGCAGGCGGCUAUGGAAGCAGCUCCAGGGUACUCCCAGGCCCAGGGACCCACAGAGACAGCCAUGCCCAGCCGGGUGGCACCUCCUGGAGGUGGAGUUAAGGUAAAGACCCUGGAGGAGAUCCGCAGGGAGAAGGCAGCCAAGAUGCAGGCCCAGGGACAGGAGGCGUCCAACGGGAAAAGCCCAGGCUCAGCCUCUGGAGAGGGAGGCACCAAGAAGGCCCUGGUACUGCGCAUCAACAAAGCUGCUUCUCCUGGUGAGGAGUUUUUUGCACUAUGGUCUAUAACUAAUUUAUUAUUGAUUUGAUAUAGACCUUUUAGAAUUGCUCAUAGCAAUUUACAUUGUAAGGUGGCCUGACCCCACUAGCUGCAGUGUUUUGUAUAAUUCUAAGACAUUCUUUUGUUGUCCUGACAGCUGCCAGCACUACCACCCAGAAGACAUCUGAGGUGACCGAGAAGACGGAGAAGCAAACUGAGCCUGCUUCUGUUGCUACUGAGGUAAGAAUUGUGUCCUGUGUCGUUCUGUAUGAAUACUGUACAUCCAAAUAUGUAGUUAUACUCUGAAUCAGCUCUGUUAAUCACUGAAUGUCACUAUUCCUCUGGUCCUUAGGCCAGUCCUGCUAACGGUAGGAGUGAUGCUGUGUCCGGUGACAGUGUGAAGGUGAAGACAUUUGAGGAGAUCAUGCGUGAGAAGAGGCUCCGCAGGCAACAGCUGCAGGAAGAGCAGGCCUCGUCCACCAGCCAACCAGAGGGCUCUGCCGAGGCAGACUCUUUCCCAAAACAAGCCACAGGCCCCGCCCUCCAGCGGGAGAAGAGGGCGCGGGUGAGCCCCCCUGCCGCCUCCUCUCCCCCCUCAAUCACCCUGGAGGCACCUGCCCAGGCACUCAAAACCCCCCUUCGCCAGCGCAUCACCCUCAAACCCAAGGCUGCCUCUCUUGUGUCCUGCGCCACCGCCUCCCCCCAACAGGGGUCUCCACUGAGGCAGGCAGAGGCAGACUCCCCCUCACUCAGCCCCAGGAGUUCCAGCGCUGCCCCAGGCAAGAGGAAGAGAGGCUUCCUGGGUGGUUCCAGUCCCCCAAAGCAGGCUGCCUUAGCAGCAGCAGUGGCCUCCCCUGGGCCCUCUGUGAAAGGUUCUCCGGUUGAGAAGGCUCAGGAUGGAGCCCAGAAGAUGUGCCCUGGGCAAGCUACUGAAGCUAAAGGUAUGUGCCUCCAGAGAAAAAAUCCUCUCACAAGCUCUCUUCCACACUUCUCUAACAAGCCUAUGCAAAGGUCAACUCUAAAUUAUUAGUCUGACCUCCUGUGUGCUGUUGUUGCAGUGAGGCCCAAGCUGAACGUGAGGCCUUCUGUGAUGAAGCUGGCUGCCCAGGUGAAACCAGGCCAGAAGAGAACAUCAGCUAGAUCUGCUGUCGCUGCAGUGAAACCCCUCAAUAGCACCUACGCAGUGCAGGAGGAGCCACUGCAGGAGCUGCCCUGCAAACGGAGAGAGGUAUGUCUCAAAAUCUCUCUCUCAGGCUGGUCACUAGAAACACAUGUUGAUUUCGGACAUUUGAAAAGGGCUUGAGGACGUCGAUAUAUGCAGUCGUCGGCGCUCACAAAACAUUUUAGAAUAGAAAAUAAAUUUAAAAAACAGAGCGCGCUACUCAGACCACUGCACCUCAACAGUUCACAAUAUUCCAGCAAGCAGGGAGAGUACUUGAUUAUACUAAUGGAAACAGUGCAUUUUCUUUUACAUUAUUUAGUUUUAUGCUUUCCCAAAACAAUAGCCCUAACCUUAACCACUCGGAAUGAAUACCUAAACUCCUUUUGUUUCUGUUUUAACCCUGUAACUAUGCGUUAUUAACCCUGUAACCACGUGGAAUUAAUGGGUCAAAAAUCGAUUGUCCAAUUUCGUCAAAUUCCGAAGUUAAACUAUGAGAAUAAGUUGCUCUCUCAGCAUAGUAGGGGUUCCUUUUGUGAUGUUGUUAUAACCUGUGUUGAUACCAUUGUGUUCUCUCCAGGUGUCCUCUACUUCCUCCAGUGUGAAGGACCAGAUGAGCUCUGUGGUCUCCAGGAGACCCCCCACCAUCCCGGGCCCUGGCCUCAGCUCCAGCCCCCUGAGAGAGGAGUUCCAGGCGGUCCCUGUCAACCAACACAGCCCAGCCAUCACCAUAGCAGCCCCAGAGACCUGCAUAGUCCCACAGAGGUAACACUGGCAAACCGCUCUACGGUUACAACUCACCCGUAUACUGUCAUAUGGUUAAACGUAGCAUAAAGCCAAACUUCAAUGGCUAAAUGAGCUCAACUCUGUUCCUCUCUCUCCUCUCCAGCCCUGUGGUGAAUACACCUAUCCAGCCUAAGCCCCGGCGGCCCAGCGUUGCGAUGUCUCGCUCGACCGCAUCAGCCCCUUCCGCUAACUGCUCCACCUCUGCCAUGGACGAAUUUGACGAGUUGAUGAACGAGUUCACAGAUGACCGUCUGGAGGAUGACUUGGAGCUGGACCCAGGCAAGGGAGAGGAUGACUACCUGCUGGAGCUCUCUGAGAUGAUCGACAGCUAGACUGGCCUACCUGACACCCCGUACAUGACCCCUGACAGACCCUUGACCUUGAGUAACGCCUAUGUUAAUGUCACCUGAUACCCUGUUCACGACCCCUGACCAACCCUUGACCUACAGUAACUCCUACAUUCAUCAACACCAAUAUAAUUUCAAAUGAUCACCGGAACUAACCACCAACACUCAAUCACCAGAACUAAACACAAGUCAACCUACUACCAGCGCAACUGGCAGGGUAUCACCUAUCACUGCCAUUGAGGGUUCAUUUGACAGAUCUCUUCAUUGAUUUGGGGAGGAAGUAUGUAUUUAUGUUACUGAUUCCCAACCACCACUGUCUAUCAGCCCAUGUCAUCGGAGCAGACUAAGGCUACUACAAUAUGUCAGAGGGGACUGGUGGGCUUAUUUUAUUUUUCUUCAAUUAAAACGCAUUGUAUUUUACAUUUUAGAUGGUAUUGUUUUUACUCUUUACUUUUUAAUUCAUGGUUACCUUUUUGUCCUGGAAAAACAAUUCAUGCAUCUUAAUUUCUGCACCUUUUAUGUUAUUUGAUUACAGUGCUAGUGAUAUACUCAUGUAAUCAUUUUAUCUUUGUUAAUUUACCAUUUAUGCUCUUUCCUGUGUCCCGAAAGAGAACAUGAAAAAGCAACCAUUUGGUUGGAGAAUGACUGAUUUUUUUCUAACAUUCUCAGGUAAUUCCCCAUCUUGCAUUGUAAGGACAAAAGCAUGUCGUUUUACCUGCCAAGCCUGUCACCUAUGGAUGUUAAAUCAUGCGUCAUUGUUGCAGAGAGAGUGAAUUUGUAUACUGUGUAUGCCUAGACUGCUUUAAAUGGAGUUACAGUAACUACACAUACUACUGCACUUAAAAUAGUUAACCUGCUUUGCGUCCUGUAUCUGUCAUGUCCCACAUCUACUGACUCAAACUCAUGUACAUUUUUGUUCACCUAGUUUUUGACUGAUAUCACGGUAAAUGUGGAACUGUUGUUGGAACGGACUAAGUUGUAUUUGAGGUUUAACUGAAUGAAAAGCAUGUAACGAUGGUUUGAAGUAUGAGAUUAAGGUGUGUGUACCCUUUUUGGCUGUAAAAGUUAGCUUUUCUGUUUUGUUUUACAGAAGCGAACUCACUGAAAUGUGUGCAUUUUUAAAUACACCCACCAUGUUCCUCUUGUUCCUGCUCCUAGUGUAUUUUUAAUCAAAAAAAUGUAUGUUUGGGUGAAAUGCUAUUUUAACUUAUCCAAUGUAUCUGACCAUGACCCACUCCAAACACAGUUUAAUAUGGAACAUUACACCCCUUUCACUGUUCAACAUCCAGCCUGUUUGCUGUUGAACCUUUGUUACAAAUUGUGUUUUUCUGCUCUUAAAAUGUGAAAAAGCAGCUUCUCAGGGAGUACUUAUUUUCUGUCUGAGUUUGAACCUAUUUGUACUGUUCAUACACCAUGUUACAAUUCAACGGACGAUUUCCAUUUUUCUCUGCUAGCAUGUGACAUUUUGUUGUCUGAGUACCUGUUGGUCCUGUUCCAUGUCAACUGUGAUCAGAUUAUAUCUGCUGAUCAGUUUUACGAUCUGGAGCGAGGAGCCUGCUGAUUGUGUACCUGCUUGAGCCUGUCCUGAUAUUCAUUAUCUAAAUCUCUAAAGGGUGUUGAAACUAAAUAAAAAUGCUUUUAUGUAAA